AUGACCAAUUUUACCAUCCAGAUCAUCUCCGACACAAUCUGUCCGUGGUGCUACGUUGGCUACCGUCGGCUUUCCCGUGCCAUCACAGCCUACAAAGCUGCCAAUCCCGCCGAUACCUUCACCCUCUCCUGGCACGCCUUCUACCUGAACCCCGCAGCAUCCGCCUUCCCAGGAAUUGAGAAGCAGGAGUAUUACGCGCGCAAGUUCGGCCCGGAGCGCACGGCUGCUAUCUUCUCGCGACUAGCUUACGUUGGGGAGGGAGAAGGCAUUGCCUUCAAGUUUGGCGGGAGAUCGGGCGAAACGAGAGACUCACAUCGGCUGCUGUGGUAUGCGGGGCAGAAGGAGAGGGAGGAGGGUGCUUCGAGGACACCCAUUGAAACGGGCGGAGUGGGUGGUAUACAGACAAGGGUCGUCGAGAAAUUGUUCCAGGCCUACUUUGAGGAGGAAAAAAAUAUCACUGAUCCCAAAGUGUUGUUAGAGGCAGCAGUGGCGGGAGGUUUGGAGCGUGGAGAGGUAGAGAAGCUGCUCGAGUCUGAAAUCGGCCAGGAGGUCGAUGAGGAGGCAGAGCGUGCUCGACGAAGGACGGUGACAGGAGUGCCUCACUUCACGAUACAAGGCCAGUAUGUCAUUGGAGGAGCGGAGGCACCAGAGGUCUUCCUGGAGGUCUUUGAGAAGGUGAAGCAGAAUAACUAG